AUGCGCCAAGCGGCCUGCUUCCUCCCGCCUUCCCUCUCGCCAACGGCGCCGGUCGGGCAACCGCAACUCUCCUCUGGGCCCUUCCCCCCCACUGCUGCCGCCUGUGCGGUGAGUGUGAUCCUCCCUUCCGAUGCUCCUCCCACUGCCACUGCGUCUCUGGCGAGCGAUGCUCCCCGCCACGGCUUCCUCCAUGUGCUUGCGGUCGAGCCGCCGAGCGGACCAUAUUCUCCCCCACUCCUCUCCGCCUUCCUUCCACGUCCCCAUACCGCUCGGCCCUCGGCGGCGCUUCUCUGGACGAGCGCGAGCUUCCGUCCCUCAGCUCCAACCGCCGUUGCUGGACUCCUGUCAUGGUUGGGGUCCGUGGCACGUGACCCCUCCUUUCGCGCCUCUCCCUCUUCCUCCUCUGCUGUCGCCGCGGUGUCGGCGUGUUCCGUGCUGGGCACGUGGUCUCCCUCCUCGGCUCAGCUCGGGACGUGGAGUUUCGCGCGCGUCAGCUCGUCACAAUCCUGCUGCGGGUUGAAGUGCUCUUGCUCCUCGCCAUGCUCCGGUUCGUCACUGUACUCCUGCUUGUCACCGUGCUCCCGCUCGUUGGCUGUACCCUUGCCCGUCGUCGUACGCCGGCCUGUCGUCGUACUCCUGCUAAGCCUCCUCGUCACUCUCCUCCCGCGUCAGCUCGGCCUGCGGAUCCUGUUCGGCCCGGCGGAUGCCCGAGCCUUCUCCUCGCUCCCGCGGGAGUUCUUCCCUCCCACGCCAGCGACCUCGCUCAUCACGUCGCCGGCCUCCCCCUUCUUGGGAGCGAAACGCCCCUUCGUCGCGCAGGUGGCGGUGGUCAUCGCCGCAUAG